CGGUUUUUCGCGGAACUAAAAGCACUGACAUUCGCUACUCUGUCCAGUUCGCGAUUUCUGCAAUGUUUACUGUGAUCCUCUGGGAUUUUUGUCUGUCAUUGUGAGCAUCAGCUAUUAUAACAGCCUUACAUGGACUUCCUGGCCGAAAACAACGCCUGUGGUCAGAAUCUACUUCAGCUUGUUUCUCGAGGAAAUGCUAUAAUUGCAGAGCUGCUGCGGCUCUCCGAAGUCGUCCCACCGAUUUUUCGGUUAGACAACAAAGCUGAUGUGAGCAGAUAUGGAGAGAUACUGUUUGACUACAGUUACUUCAAAGCUACAGAAUACCACGAGAACAAGAUAGAGUCCAAUGCCCAACUCCAUGAUAAAGAUGAAGAAUUCAGAGAAAACUACAUUGAGAUCAUCACACGUUUUUACCUCGCCUUCGAAAGUGUGCACAAAUAUACAGUCGAUUUGGCUAGGUUCCUAGAUGACUUGGACGAAGGCAUUUUUAUACAGCAGUCGAUGGAAUCUGUCCUACUUAAUGAAGACGGAAGGCAACUCAUGUGCGAAGCGUUGUUUCUUUGUGGAGUAAUUCUCCUGGUUGUGGACCAAAAAAUCGACGGUAUAGUCAGGGAGAGAGUUCUGGUUUCGUACUACCGGUACAGCGCUCAGAGGUCCAGCCAUGACUCAAACUUUGAUGACGUCUGCAAACUCCUCCGCAGUACAGGGUACAGUUCAAUACCCGGUGCAAGGCGUCCCACCAAUUACCCAGAGGAAUAUUUUAGCCGUGUUCGGCUCAGUCCCAUGUACAUUAAUGUGGUUCUGGGACGACUGCGCUCAGAUGACAUUUACAACCAGAUAUCUGCAUACCCUUUCCCAGAACAUCGCAGUGUAGCACUGGCGACUCAAGCAGCCAUGUUAUAUGUGGCCUUGUAUUUCAAUCCUGACGUACUAAACAACCAGCAAGCAAAAAUGCGAGAGAUAGUCGACAAGUAUUUUCCUGACAACUGGGUAAUCAGCAUAUACAUGGGCAUGGUAGUGAACCUGGUAGACGCAUGGGAGCCCUACAAGGCUGCCAGACAGGCACUGCAGAACACAUUGGAUAACAACAACGUCAAGCAACAGGCUGCAAGACACCAUCAGCGCUUAUCCAAGCUCACACCAAAGUUGAAGCAACUCCUCAAGGAAGGGGCUCUCGUUGAGGACUUUGUGCUCGACAAUGUGGCCAAGCUGCUCAACACGGUGCGAGAGUGCAAUGUCUCGCUGCGUUGGCUAUUGCUGCAUACGGCUGACUUUUCACAGACUGGAGGGGAAUCGAACAAGCGAUGCAAGCAGCUCAGAGAACAGGUGCUGCAAGAGAGCAAAUACCAAGCCCUCAGUGUUUUCCAAUUGCUGCUGCAUACAGCGCAGUUUGAGCUCAAGAUCAAGGAGCUUUUCCAGCACUUGCUGUCUGUGAAGCAGGACAAGUGGAAUGUGCACAAAAAAGAAAGUGUCGAGAGACUGAUGGAACUGUCAGAAGUUUACUCGGGCACAAAGCCCUUGACGCGAGUCGAAAAAAAUGCAAACCUUCAGGCAUGGUUUUCUGAAAUGAGCAAGCAGAUCGACUCACUGAGCUUUGAAGACAUGACAGCAACUGGACGGAAAAUUGUCCAACUAAUACAGGCACUUGAGGAGGUGGAGCAAUUUCACCAGCUUGAAAGUAACCUCCAAGUGAAACAAUUUCUUGCGGAGACCCGCAAAUUUCUCCUCAGCAUGUUGCGUAUCAGCAAUGUGAAAGAAGAGGUAUUAGUCACUCUGGAAGUCAUUGCUGACCUCUCUUAUGCAUGGAACAUUAUUGACAGUUACACUCCAUACAUGCAAAAAGGCAUCAAGGAUGAACCAGCGAUGGUUAUAAAGUUGAGAGCAACUUUUCUCAAGCUGGCAUCUGCAUUGGAUCUGCCACUGAUGCGCAUCAACCAAGCCAACAGCCCUGACCUUGUGUCGGUGUCCCAGUACUACUCCAACGAACUGGUGGCGUACGUCCGCAAGGUGCUGCACAUCAUCCCGGAGACCAUGUUUGGUCUUUUAGCUCGGAUCAUUGAGCUGCAGACAAAUUGUAUCAAAGAGCUGCCGUCGCGCCUCAUGAAGGACCAGCUUAAGACAUACGCACAACUUGAGCAACGCCACGAAGUUGCAAAAUUGACGCAUUCCAUUUCGGUGUUCACUGAAGGAAUACUGAUGAUGAAGCGAACCCUCGUUGGGAUCGUACAAAUUGAUCCAAAGCAGUUGCUUGAGGAUGGCAUUCGGAAGGAGCUUGUCAAUCAGGUGAUGAUGGCUCUCCAUAAGGGUCUUGUCUUCAAUCCUAAAGCGAAAACAACUGAGCUGGUGCCAAAGCUGAAAGAUCUAGGCCAGGUGAUGGAUGGUUAUUACCGAUCGUUUGAGUACAUCCAAGAUUAUGUGUGCAUAUAUGGCCUGAAGGUGUGGCAAGAGGAGGUGUCUCGCAUCAUCAACUACAACGUUGAGCAGGAAUGCAAUGCCUUUUUGCGGCAGAAGGUACUGGACUGGCACAGUUCAUAUCAGUCGCGGACAAUCCCCAUUCCAAGAUUUCCGCCCACAGACCAGUUAUCCGUAAAUUUCAUAGGGAGGCUAGCUCGAGAGUUACUGCGGGUAACUGAUCCAAGAAUAACGGUGUACAUUAACCAAACUGGAGGAUGGUAUGACAGCAAAAGUCAUUCUGAAAUCAUCAACAUGACAGUAUUCUCGUUACUACAGAAUAGCGUAGGUACGCCAGGUCUUACCGGUUUGGAUCGCUUGCUUUGCUUCAUGAUUGUCAAAGAACUGCAAGCAAUACUGAAAUGUCUCGACAAAGCCAUGAUUAAUGAUAAAUCGUGGCAGGACCUUCUAGCCAACCUCAGCGCUUCCUUGCAGCCGUUCGACAGCCUCAUUCCUAAUGUAAGCAAGACGUACAGCCCAGCUCUGACCCGAGUAGCUAAAACUUGGCCCGCGUUUCUCGAAAGCAUACUUAAGGUUGGCCAAAUGCAGAUUCUCCGGAAAGGCAUAGCGCAUGAAUUGAACACGUCUUGCAAGUUCGACUCAAAAGACUUGGCAAGUGCGCUGCAGAACAUGAAUGACGCGGUGCUAGCCGAAAUCAAAGCUCAUUACAAAGACUCCACUAAGCCAUAUCCCAAAGGUGAUAACUUAUUGCUCACAGAGCUCUCAACCUACCUGGAAUGGGCAGGAAUGUACAAUCCACUUUCGAAGAUUUAUAUCACAACAAAGCCCAUAUUGCACCUUUCGCUCUUCAUGAUGCUGUUCACAGUAACACAUAUGUCAAAGUUCCAGUACGUCAGCAGUUUAGGGGGUCUCAUCAGCAAGAAGAGCAUUGAAUCGAUCGAUGGCCUUCCAUUUGUUCUGGGUUCAUUCUCGUUCCUGAAGCAGUUUCAUCAAGAAAACAUGUCGCAGUUUAUUGCUUACUUGGGGCAGUAUGUUAAGUCUGUUCUGGAAGCAAGUACGUCCAGUGGAACUAGGUCGGCUGAAACCACCACAGAACUAGUCAAUCUCAUGGUUUAUCUUGAGACCUUGAUCCACUUCGGCGAACUUCCAAGAAAGAUGGUGACCAAUCACAUUCCUGACUACAUAUUCGACGAAUUCCGGACUCUCUAGUGGUCAUGUGUCACUGUGAGCUAGAGAAUAUCAUCGUUGGUGAAUGUACAGAUAUUUUUGUUAAUAAUAUAUACAUAUAUAGAGCCUG